UUUCGCUAUAAGUCCUUCCGGGGCCACGCGGAAAGCACCGCCUCUUUAGCCAGUCGGAGGCCGCCGGCCGCAAGCCAAGCCUAGCGGCGGCCUGUCCACAAAACACCCUGGAAUCCCCGCCUUAACUUCAGACCCUCCCUGAGGCCUCGCAGAGUCUUCCCGGCGGCCCUUUCGCUAGCAGCGUCGAGGACUUCCGGGGCGAGGCCAGGUCUCCAGUGUGCCUUCCUCCGUAAACUACAGGAGGGGGGCUGGUGAAGGUUCUUGGGACGGUGCGCAGUGACGAUUCCUAGGCGGAGACGGUUCGAUGAAGAAAGAUCUAAGAAAGAACUAGGACUGGCGGGAAAUAGUUAACUAAAAGGAGUCUGCCCCACUACUGCAAUCAAACCAGAUGCCUUCUUUCACUUCACCAGACCAAGGAGAUGACCUGGAGGCCUGUGUUUUAAGAUUUUCAGACCUCGAUUUAAAAGACACAAGGCUUAUCAAUCCCUGUAGCAGUCUCAAAGCAGAGUUGGAUGUCAGUACGAAAAAGAAAUACUCAUUUGCCAAGAAAAAGGCAUUUGCCCUUUUCGUCAAAACCAAAGAAGUUCCAGCACAUCCUUUUGAAUGUAAAGAAAAAUGGUGGAAAUGUUGUCAACAGCUGUUCAGGGAGCGGACUGGCAUCCAUAGACAUGUGGCGACACAACAUGCUGAUGAGCUCUGCCACCAGACUGCUUCUGUGUUAAAGGAGCUGGCUGCGACACUGAACACCUCAAAGAGCCUGAAGUCCGAAGACAAUGGGACCCCUCUAAAAGAGUACUUGCCCUGUAACCGGGAAGUGUCUGCUUGGCUCCCUGAUAUAAGCUGCUUUAGCCCUGAUGAGCUAAUAAGGGGCCCGGGCAGUGAGGAAGGAGAGGUUCUACUCUACUACUGCUACCGAGACCUGGAGGAUCCCCCCUGGGUCUGUGCCUGGCAGACGGCUCUGUGCCAACACCUGCGCCUCACAGGCAAGGUUCGAAUUGCUACAGAAGGAAUCAAUGGGACAGUUGGUGGAAGCAAACUGGCCACCAGACUCUAUGUGGAAGCCAUGCUUUCCUGCCCAUUGUUUAAGGAUUAUAUGUGUAAGGAUGAUUUUAAGACCAGCAAAGGAGGGGCUUGCUGUUUUCCAGAAUUGCGUGUUGGUGUAUUUGAAGAAAUUGUGCCCAUGGGGAUCAGUCCCAGUAAGAUCUCCUACAAGAAGCCUGGAGUCCAUUUAUCUCCAGGUGAAUUUCAUAAAGAAGUAGAAAAGUUUUUGUCUCAGACAAAUGAAGAACAGAGUGAUACUAUCCUCCUGGACUGCAGAAACUUCUAUGAAAGCAAAAUAGGGCGAUUCCAGGGCUGUUUAGCCCCAGACAUCAGGAAAUUCAGUUAUUUCCCUAGCUACAUUGACAGAAAUCUAGAGCUUUUCAGAGAGAAGAAGGUGCUGAUGUACUGCACUGGGGGCAUCCGUUGUGAGCGGGGGUCAGCCUACCUCAAAGCCAAGGGAGUAUGCAGGGAAGUGUUCCAGCUCAAGGGCGGCAUCCACAAGUACCUGGAGGAGUUUCCUGAUGGUUUCUACAGAGGAAAGUUGUUUGUUUUUGAUGGGCGUUAUGCCUUAUCCUACAAUGGCGAUAUAGUGUCAGAAUGUUCAUACUGUGGAGCCCCAUGGGACCAGUAUAAACUCUGCUCGACUCCCCAGUGCCGCCAGCUUGUCUUGACCUGCCCUGCUUGCCAGCGACAAGGAUUCACAGCCUGCUGUGUCACGUGUCAAGACAAAGGGAGCAGGCUGGCUUCAAGUCCCGCCCAGAGCAGCUUUAAAGAGGAAUGUGAGUGUACAGCCCGACGGCCACGCAUCCCCAGCGAACUGCCACAGCAGGUGCGACUCCCCGCGAGCCCAGAGCCAAGGCCUGACGUUGGUGAGGACGGGCCGUGCUUACGCAAGUGGCACCGUCAGCAUCUCCCUAGGCCUUCACAGAGCGAGGUUCACGGUGACCGGACACUGGAGAACACCAGAGCUGCGGCGGCAGAGAAACCGGGACCGCCAGCAUCAUACACUGGCCUUAGCAGACAUAGUCCAUUGUGGACACAGUAUCAAGGCCUUUCAGCAGCCAGCAGGAAUGCCCACCAUAAAUAACUAUGCAACAGAGGUUAAGAACAGACGCCUGUAAGUCAGUCAAUGACCGAUCUCACUUUCCAUUAAUUGACUUGUUCAUAUACCUAUUUGGCAGAUGCUCAUAAAAAUGUGACAUUUUCUUUUGUUUUCUUUUUGGAAAAAAUAGUAACUAUGCCUUUACGUGAUUUGAAAUGAAUGUAACCUGUUUAACUUAUAUUUUCAACUUUUACCUUAAAAGUGCUGUGAGGUUUCCUAGGCAUGGGGUUUGGGUAGUGGUGCUGGUUGGCACCUUUGGGGGCUGGGACUAGAGCCAGACCUGACGGUUCUGAGAGGACUCUGAGCUCAGAGGAGGGUAUUCAAAGAGGAAGAGACUCACGGUGAGCCUGUGGCCCAUCACAUUUCCUUUGACUCAGCCAAACAAGGUGCCCAGGGUGCACUUGGGCUCCUGCCCUGUGCUGCACUGACCCCCCGGGAGGAGAAGAGUGCUCAGCCUCAGCUCCUGCAGAUACGGCCCCCACAGCCUUGGGGAGGCAGCAGGCCAGGCACCAAUACAGAAAACUAGGAAAUGUAACCAAGGUGGUAGUCACGAGUCAGGCUCAAGAAGAGGGCUCCCUCGGAGAAGGUAUCAGUGGAAUAUCCCCUGCCAUAUCGGCCCACCACUGCCCCCAGCCCCCAGGACGGGUGGGAGAGUGAUGGGCAGGUGGGUGCUUAGCACAUUUCCACUUACCAAGGUCGUUGUUGUUCAUCAUUGCGUUGGACGCCCGCAGCCGGGGCCCCUGCUGGGUAAAGUGGUAGCCGAAUUUGAGAAGCGUUGCAUUUUUUUCCAACAUGUUUACUAUCUCCAUCUCCACUUUGUUGCCCAGAGGUUGGCUCUUCGAUCAAGAAAAGAACAGUAGUCACUACUCACUCCAUUUGUGCAGGAAUCUUUUCUACAAGCAGAAACCCUGAGUGGUGGGCGGGGAUUUUAACCACCCCGCCCCCAGCCCCCAAGAACAGGGAAUUGGAAGUUUGGAGAAGGUGAAGGGGCACACAGCCAGGAGUGAAUGAGCUGGGAUUCAAACCCAGGCCUGCUGGAUGCCAAGAACAGAUCUUUCCGUUGCCCCCCAGCAGCCUUCCUAGAAAAUUCGAGCAGGAAGGAUCUUCAACGAGUCUCAAGGAGAUUAAAAAUUCCACUGCCCAUCCUAUACCCCAUAUUAAUUAAAUUCAACUCGCCAGGAAUGAGACUCAGGUGUCUGUGGUUUUUAAAACUCCCAGGUGAUAUUGAUAUACAGCCAGGUUUGGUAACCAGUCACUUAGAUGAAUCCCUUCAAUUUACAAAGGAAGGAAACAGAGACCCAGAGAAGGGAAAAGAUUUACCUAAGGUCACACAGUAAGCUGUGAAUGCCCAGAGUUCAUUUUCCUGAAGCCUCCCUCCGAUCAUGUUAGUUCUCUACCCCAAGGUUGCUAGUGACAAAGUUUGAAAGAAAACAAAAGAAAAGGAAAAACCUUACAACAGUCUUGGGAUAUAAUGAGGAAGGGCAGUCUUGCUUAUAAUGGUGGGGGGAAAGGGAAGCACAUUCAUGGAGAGAGAGCUGUUCAAAUAAAUGACAGUUGAGUUUUACAAGAGAACAUGACAGAUGUCAGAUGAUGAUGCAAAUCUUUGGUUAUAGGCCUGGAAAGAUGACCACGAAACAAUAUGGAGAAAGAAAACCUAGGUGCAAAACUCAUAUUUAAGUAAAGUUACCUGUAUUUUCCACACACAUAUAUAUGCCUAGACAAGGCCAGCCAGUGUACUGGUGGUGGAGAGAUUUGGGAGAGAUUUUGUUUUCUUUGUAUCUUAUUGUUUGAGUUUUCUGUUACCGUCUAUAAUAAAAUAAUACAAAAUAAA